GCGAGGAAGGACGCCUGAAGCGGAAGGAAGAUAUGGGCUGCUCGCCGUCGAAGGGUCGCCAGAAUUCGAGUGGGUCCCAGGGCCCGUUCAGGACGGGCAGGACGCUGCUGCCGGGAUCCCGGGAAAGCGCCGGGGAGCCGCAGCUGGAUGGCGGGGGACGCGGAGGCUCAUCCUGUCGGGGAGAGACUGACAGAGCGGGAGGGGGAGGAGAGAAGAGAUCGGCAGUCCCGCCCGUCCUCUCUCAGAAGGACGCUCUCGGUAGGGGGCCCUCCCUGACCGAGGUGGUCCUGAAGGGGGCUCGGCCACGCGACUUAGGCACCCAUGAAAUCGAAAUUAACAUGAUCCCCCGGGGGACAGAGGCUCAGGGGGAAGCCUCAGGGAAAAAGGGCGUCCGGAAGUCAAAGAAGAACAAAGGAGGCAAGCCGAGCCGAAAGAAGGACAAGGACAGAAAGGCCCCCGCCGUCGAGGCGAAGGUGGACUUCCCCGAGCCGCUGGUGAGAGCGCACCAGGCCGCCUACGCCUUCCUGAACCCCAGCAUCGCCAAAUACGAGGCUCUGCUGGGCCUGCUGGAGCAGGCGGCCCAGACCCACAUCUCCCUGCAGCCCAUGGCCACCUUCAUGGCACUGCGUUACGAGGAGGUCAACUGCGGGCUGAGGGAGACGGCGGAGGAGGGGGAGAGGCUCCUGAAGGAGAGCGGGGAGCACUUGGCCUGGCCCUGCCCCCUGAAGAGCCUCUCCGACGCCCCCUCCCCCAAAGUGGCGGAUGCCGGCGAACCCCCGCCAGACCUCCUCCAGCAGCUGCUCCAGUACACCGCGCAGAGGAUGCGGCUGGUCAGCCGCUCGGUUGGCGGCAUUGGCGACUCAGCCCUUGAGGAGGCGGUGGAGUACUUCGCCUCGCUGUCCGAGCUGCUGGACGAGAAGCUGAAGGCCAAGCGGGCGCUGGACGCCCGACUGGGGCAGGUUCUGGCCCGCAUCGAGUCGGCGGCCCUGCGCAGGCCCGGCCCGGAGGACUCGGCCCUGUACAGCGAGGACAGCGGCAUCGGGGCGGAGAGCGAGUCGCUGGCGGGGUCCGAGCACCAGCGCAACCGGCGGGAGAGCUGUGAGUCCACCAGCACCGCCCGCACGGGGACCGGCAGCCCCUCCGCAAGGGGGCUCAGUCUGACAGGGAGGAUGAGCACCAGCAUCUCCCUCACCUCCUUAGACUCCAUCUGCACCAUCACCGCCAUAGAGACGCGGGACACCGAGUCCCUGCUGGGGUCAGCCUCGCUGGAUGAUGGCGAGGGGGAGGAAGAGGAGGACGAAGAGGAGGAAGGCGAUGACGAAGCAGCGGACGAGCAGGCGGGCAGGAAGCGGUCGGGCUCCUCCCCGGCGGACCCGUGCCGGCUGCCGCGCCGCCUGCCGCCCAAGCGCAUCGAGAACCCGCAGAACGUGGAGAUGACGCUGAAGAUGAAGGACGCCAUCAGCGGGCGGAUCCGCUUCCUGCACUCGCAGCAGGCUGGCGCGAGGGCGAGCAAGCAGGCGGGCGGUGGCGGCGGCCCUGUGAACAGCGGGCCCCAGUGGACGGAGGAGGAGGAGGGGGGGCCACAGGUCAAACGGCCCCAGACGGCGGCUCCGUCCUCCGCCAGGGGACCGAGGAAGAAGGCCUCGGUGGCCAAGGAGCGGAGGUCGCGCUCCGCCGAGUCCCUGCGGAGCAGAGCGGAGGACCCCACCCUGCUGGAGCUGGAGAGGACGCAGAAGGACCUGAGCCAGCGGCUGGAGAGGAUGGGGAAGGGCGGGGCCGGGGGUGCCGCCCAGGGAGCCGGGCACAAACGGGGAGGAGGGGAGCAGGCCCAGGCGGCUCACAGCCCAGCGGCUGGGCGGCUGAGCUCCUCCCUCGACAGGAACACCGCCGCCAGGCCCAGCCGGGACAAAGCGGCCCGUGGGAGGCGCUCCUCCGGAGAGCACGGGCCAGGGUCAGAGGAGGACGAGAAGAAGAAGAAAGAAAAGAAAGCAGGAAAGGGGCCCCUGAGAGCUACCCCUCCACCCGGGACCCCCCCACCAUCGCCAUCGGGCUUUCUCAGAGGAAGAAACUCCGUCAAACGGCUCAUCGACACCUUCAGCCAGGGGCUGGACGGGAAGCGGAGCCAAAGGACCCCAGAACUCGGACCCCUCAGAGGGGUCAGGAAGUGUGGCGUCCCUGUUAUGCCCGGCCUAGAGGGUGGUGGGGAAGCACCCUGGGGCAACAACAGUCCCAACAGCAGCGGCAGUUGCCGAGUAGACUCCAGAGCCUCCGACCGAACGGAGGACCUAGAUUUGGACAGCCUGCCACCCCCUCCCCCGGAGGUGCUGAUGGACACCUCGUUUGAGAGCGCCCAGGGUCCCGCCGCGAGCGAAAGUGGGAACGACGUGCCGGCGAGACGGGGUCGCUCGCUUCUGACGCGGAAGACGACGGCGACGCAGAGGCUGCGCGCCUCCGUGCGGCCGGUGACCGUCCUGCCGAGCCGCAACAGCCUCCGCCGGGGGUCCGUCGGCGCGUCCCCCGCCCGUCCCGCCCACCAGGACCCCGCCCGAUCGGAGGCGGACCCCGAGACCGAGGAAGCGGCCACCCUCUACCAGCAGGCCCGCAAAAUCAUCCACUUGCGCCACUCCGACGAGCCGCCACCGGACAAACCUCAGGCAGACGCGGGCCCCAAGAGGUCCACGCCAACAAGGACCAGAGCUGGUGGGAGGAAGGGGGGCGGUGGACCCUCUGACACAGUGCCUUCGACUCCCUCCGUCAGCAGCCAACCGCCAGGCACUCCGCCUGCGUCCAGAGCUCGAGUGCUGCCCUCCACCCCCUCCACCCAGCACCGCCGGCUCCCCAGCCCCCCCACUUUAAAGCACCACCCGACUCCCCCCUCGGUAAGCAGCCCCCCCGUGAACAGAAACCUGCCCACCCCGCCUCUGUCGGGACACAGGAGGCUCCCGAGCCCCGUCCAGACCCGUAAUUCGGUCAGCCCCCCCGGCUCGCAGUGGAAGGCGCCGAGUCCGCCCGCGUCGAGGCGAACAGCGACCCCGAAUUCCUCCGUGGGCUCCUACCCCCUCAAGGCCCCCUCGCCCCCGGCCUCCCCGAGGGUGCAGCGGUGGACGCGGGAGAACAGCGGCGAGGAGAUCGUCCCGCUGCCCUCGCCCGCCACCUCCCGCCGCUUCAACAACGCCCGCUCCGUCUUCUGCCCCGCCUCGCCCGGCCUGUUCGAGGCCCAGCCCUGCCCGACGCCCCCCCAGCCCCCCCAGGCCCCCCAGGCCUGGGCCUCGACAGGCGGCUGCGUGCUCCCGCGGCCGUGGGGGGAGUCCGCCCGCGGCAGGCUCCCCGCGUCCGUGCGCGGGCCCCGCCCGUUCGUCCGACGCAGCCACUCGGACCGGCGGCCCAGCCUGACCCGCCCCGCCCAGGCUCCCGCUGCCUCGGCGGCCCACAGCUGCGGGAGUGAGCCCUCCAUCAGCACCCAGGGGCUGGAGGAUGGGCCAACCAGAGAAGAGGAGCAUCCAUGGGGCAGCCAAUCGGACCUCAGAGCAGCCAGUCGUUCCGCCUCGCACCCGGACCUGUGCAUUGUGGGGCAGGCCCUGCAGAGAUGAUUAGAGGGCGGGUGAGGGCCAAACAGGAUUAUGGAUUUACCGAACGCUGGGAUUAAGUCUUCUUUUUUUUUUUCCGCUUACAGGAAGGGAAGUGCUAUUUGGAACAGAUCUUCUUUAACUGUGGUCCCAAAGACAUUUGCUCAACGUCUCUCUCUCCCGUUGCUCCGAAUUUAUCUGGUUGGCAAGGGUGUGUACUGGUUUCUCUGGUCCCAACUCUUUUUUUGGGACAAUGUUUACCUGUGCUUGUUCACUUUUUUGAAGCACGCAAUGUGAACUGGUCUCAAUCUCCUCCCCCCACCCCAUAAUAAUACAUUUUUUAUACUCAAUUAUUAUUAUUUUUUUUUUUACAUGGGACCAACAUGUAAAUACUAUAUUAUUAAGAGAAGAAGCACAUAGAUCAAUUGUGACACAGACAUUACAGUUUAACGCUAAUUCAUACAUGUCACUGUCAGCAUUGGCUUAAAAUUCAUGACAUAAAAUGUCCAACAGUUCAACAAACUAAAUUUGCGUUUUUAUUUAAUGGUAUCCCUUAAUUAAAAAAAGUAACUGCUCAGCUGCAUUUAACAUUUUCCUUCCUCCCUGCCAAAAAACUGUAAUCAACUGAUGUUUUUAACCAGUUUUUGAAGCAUCACCUCUAUCACACGUUAUGCUC